ACUUGACAUCUCACGCAGGAUCCAGGAAGUAAAGGAUCGUUGUUUUUUGUGUCUGCUGGUUUCCAUUCUCCAUAAACAGACGUUUUUGUGGCCCGAAAUGGCGACAUUUAUUUCAGUCCCCUUAAAGAAGACUUCAGAAGUCGAUUUAUUGAAGCCGCUGUCGAAAUUUAUCACUUCUGCUUAUCCAGCGGGUGAGGAACAAGCUGAGUAUCUUCGCGCAGUGGAUGAGUUGAAUAAACUGCGUAAAAGUGCUUUGGGGAGGCCGCUGGACAAACACGAAAGCUCGCUGGAGAUACUUUUACGCUAUUAUGACCAGCUCUGUGCAGUCGAGCCUAAAUUUCCUUUUCCUGAGCUGUGCUUAACAUUCACAUGGAAAGAUGCUUUUGAUAAAGGAUCUCUAUUUGGUGGCUCAGUUAAGCUUGCCUUGGCAAGUGUGGGCUAUGAGAAGACAUGCGUGUUGUUUAAUAUUGGAGCACUGGCUAGUCAGAUAGCCUCAGAACAAAACCUGGACAAUGAUGAAGGACUGAAGGCAUCUGCCAAGUUUUACCAGAUGGCAAGUGGUGCUUUUGCACACAUAAAGGACACAGUGCUGUCUUCUCUGAACCACGAGCCUACUAUGGACAUUUCUCCAGAGACAGUGGGCACCCUCAGUCAGAUCAUGCUUAGCCAGGCCCAGGAGGUCUUCGUCCUCAAAGCCACUGCAGACAAGAUGAAGGAUGCCAUUAUAGCUAAGUUAGCCAACCAGGCUGCAGAUUUCUAUGGUGAUGCUUUCAAGCAGUGCCAAUUAAAAGAGAACCUGCCCAAAUAUUUUUAUUUCCAGGAAGUGCUUCCAGUCUUGGCUGCCAAGCACUGCAUGAUGCAAGCCAAUGCAGAGCUUCACCAGUCAGCAGUGGCAAACCAGAAGAAGCGGUUUGGAGAGGAGAUUGCUCGUCUUCAGCAUGCCACGGAGCUUGUGAAGACUGUGGCAUCUCGCUAUGAUGAGUAUGUGAACAUUAAGGAUCUCUCUGACAAGAUCAGCCGUGCUCUCACAGCUGCCAAGAAAGACAAUGACUUCAUCUACCAUGACCGUGUCCCUGAGGUCAAAGAUCUGGAGCACAUUGGCAAGGCAGCACUCGUUAAGUCAACUGCCAUUCAAGUUCCACUCAGCCAGAAGUUCACAGAUCUUUUUGAGAAGAUGGUGCCUAUGCAAGUGCAGCAGUCUUUGAGCAUAGCCAGCUCUAGGAAGGCUGAUCUGGUCAACAGACUUGUGGGCAAACUGAGAGAGGCAACCAACCUCUGCAAUGGGGUGCUUGCCUCCCUGAACCUGCCGGCAGCACUGGAGGAUCUCUCUGGAGACUCAGUCCCACAGUCCAUUCUGGAGAAGAGUCGAGCUGUGGUCCAGCAAGGUGGUCUGCACAGCAUAGAACAGCUCAUCAAAGAUCUGCCCGAGCUCCUGCAGAGGAACCGUGAGAUACUGGAUGAGUCUCUAAAGAUGCUGGAUGAUGAAGAGACAACAGACAAUGAACUUAGAGCCAAAUUCAGCCAGCGGUGGAACAGAACUCCAUCAGGAGAUCUCUACAAACCCCUUAGAGCAGAGGGUAGUAACUUCCGCAACGUGUUGGACAAGGCUGUGCAGGCUGACCAGGUGGUAAGGGAGCGCUACAACACUCACUGCGAGAUGAUUGCUCUCCUCUGCAAGCCAGAAAGCGAGCUGUGUGCUGCUAUUCCUUCAGCCAACCCUGCCAAUACUUUGCAGGGCAGCGAGGUGGUGAACGUACUGAAGGCUCAGCUGCAGCAGUUGGAUGAAGUCAAGCGAAAUCGUGAGGUUCUAGAAGAAGAGAUAAAGGCCGUGACAUUUGACAUGACUACAAAAUUCCUGACUGCACUGGCUCAGGAUGGGGCCAUUAAUGAGGAGGCCCUUUCCACUACAGAGCUGGACACUCGCUACGGUGCGCACACACAGCGUGUCAAGCAGAAUCUCUGUGCACAGGAUGACCUGUUGGCCCAAGUACAGACAUCUCAUCAGGAGUUUGCCACACUCAAGCAGUCAAACGCUGAGGCAAACAACAGGGAGGAGGUGCUGAAGAAACUGGCAUCAGCUCAUGACAGCUAUGUUGAGAUCAGUUCAAACCUCAAAGAGGGCACCAAGUUCUACAAUGAUUUGACUGAGAUUCUGCUGAGGUUCCAGAAUAAGUGCAGUGACAUUGUUUUUGCUCGUAAGACUGAAAGGGAUGAACUUCUGAAGGAGUUGCAGCAGAGUAUUGCUCGUGAGCCGAGUGCGCCUUCCUUCAAUGUCCCAGCAUACCAGUCCAAUACCUCCUCACCUGCUGCAGGAGGCCCCACCCCUGCCCCCAGGACUGUGUUUCCACUUCAGCCUCAGGCUAAAGCUCAGCCACCUGCAAGGCCACCACCUCCGAACUUUACCUCCCAGGCAGCCAGUAGCAGCACUAUCAAUAGCCAAACACCUGCUAGUCAAGCCCCGCCUCCUGCCAGCUCCAAUCCCCCACCUGUGGCACCACCCACUGGACCCUCACAGGCUCAAGGACCGCCCUACCCAACUUAUCAGGGUUACCCAGGGUUCUGUCAGAUGCCAGUGGCGUAUAAUCCAUAUGUAUAUGGAUAUAAUAUGCCCUUCAUGGCGUAUCAGGGCCAGGGGCAGGCUGGUUAUCCUGGAGCUCCUCCUGCCCAGCAGCCAUACCCCUAUCCCCAACAACCACCCCAGCAACAGCCUUUCUACCCCCAGCAGUAGGCAGCUGUUACCCUUACUGUGUCUGCCACGGCCACAGCCCUGCUGCCUCCUAGCACUUCUUCCUUUUACACUUAAUCUCUAAUACCUUCACUCUUCAUCUCUGUAUUUAACACCUGACUUCCUGUGGGCAGCAAUUAGAACACUAGAAGGACCAAUGGGAAUUGCCCUGAAUAACCACGGCCACCCUCCUGAAGAGCACAGAGGGAUGCUCUGCUCUGGUUCUGCACGUUCUCUCUUUGAUUCUCCGACUCAUUCCCAAAGGCUGACUGCCUGCUGCUACUUAUAUCUUCUUAUUUUUGUAAUGAAUACUUAUAUAUACAUAUAUAAAUAUAUACAAUCUAAUGCAGGUUAUGUAGAUGUUUUCUUAUGCAGUUGAUUAAUUGUUAGGAGAAAGUUUUACUAUAAUCCUUUCACUGCAUCUCUCUGUUCAUCUUUCAAUCAGUGCUUGGGGAACCAAAUAGUUUAACUAUUGAAUAAAACAAUGCAUCUGUCUCUCAAAAAACGAUUUUGCAUUUUUGUUUCCCUUUUGUUCUAAUUUGAUUAAAACUUGUCCGAUGGCUAAUGACUCAUUGCUCCCUCUCUGUAAAUCAGUGUGUUGCUGUGGUAUUUGUGCCCAUUUGUUUUGUCAGGUUUUGCUGUAGGAGUGUUUUACAGUUGUGUUUAUGGAACUAGUAGUCCUUCCAAGGGGUAAUACUGGAAUAGGGGUGUGUUUUUCAGACUGUCGAUCGAUCAUUGACGGUCGAUCAUUUUCUUCCAUCAAAAACAAAAGUUUAAAUUACAGAGAAAUGGCCAGGUGUGGUUUAUUGCCAUAGCCAAACCUUCACUCAUUUUCUUGGUGAGUGUCAGCACAGAGUCCCACUCAAUGUAAUUUAGUCAGCAAUAAGGGCUUUCUGUCCAUAUCCAGUGAUCAAUUUAAAGUUAUGACUUGAUUUGUUGGCUAGUUUGUUCACAUUUUAGGGUAUCAGAUGUUUGACAUAUUACAUAUGGUGUUUUAUUGUUUGUCCAUCCUUUUGCUUGUAAUUUCCUGAAUUAUGAUUGUGUGGAUGUCCUAAAAUUGCUCUCCUGUGGUUUUAUGCUGUAGUGUAGCCUUGGAGAUUACCUACAUACCUGGGAGGCAGGUUAUUAUACAUUUUCUCAUAUUUGGUAUUUGAAAUGCAUGCAUUAUGUAGUUUGAAUCAGGUGUUUGACUUUGCCUUUCAGAAAUUACUCACUUUUUCACCCUGAAAAAUUGCUUGCAUGUUGGUACAGGGUGUUUUAGGGUAUUAUGCUACUUAAUGAAGCACUUAACCUCAUUUUUCCUUUCGUUUUGUUAAUAGUGCCAUGAUAAGUAAAGGCAGCUCCCCUGCCUAAACAUUAGGAAUUCCUCUACCAGGUUUCACUGAAGUGAGCAUUUGUAUAAAGGCAGAUCCCCAUUUAAUGAGCACUUUUUUUUUUUUUUUUUUUUUUUUUUUUUUUUGCACUUUUGUCCAGCUUUUUGUCAUUAAAAUCAUCCACUUGGACCUUGAACUUAAUCACUGCUGUUAUUGUAUCCUUUGAAAUCCAAUUAGCUUCAGUGUUCUGCCACAAAAUGUUACUAAAACCUUUCAAACUCA